AGCUCUGGCUCAGUGGGAGCGCUCGAAGACAGCUGUUCCCAUCAUGACGUACGCCUAUCCCAGCUAUGGCGCAGACGAGACAACGUACCUCCUCGACAAGGUGCAGACAAAGGAUGACUUCCAUGCGAAGCGCUGGCGCUGCCUGUCGCACCCCAGCCGGGCCUUUGAGACGCUGUCACCCUACGCCAUCCUGGAGGUGGGAAUCAUGGCAGCCAGGGAUCUGACAGAGAGGGAGUCGGGCUUCUUCAGCACAGAUACCACGCCUGACACCCUGGUGCAAGUGAUCAUGGAUGACCGCGAUCUGGAGCGGUGCAUCACGCCGGUGGCCAGGGGAAAGAAGGAGCCGCUUUGGCUGUACCACUGCGAGGUGGACGUGGUUGCGCCCUCUUCGAUGAUCCGCUUCCAGGUCCUCGACGACCGUCCGACGCAGAAGGCGGAGAUCGGCUUCGUGGACAUCGCCAUCAACGACAUCCCGUAUGACAAGGUGAUUGAGGGCUGGUUUGAGCUGCGCUUCCAAGAGAACCUGCUGAAGACCGGCCAGGCGCGCUACGAGGAGCACUGCAGUGUCCGCGAGGAGGAGAAGUGCAAGCAGAGCUACGAGGACAAGGAGAAGGAGAAGAAGUCGAAUAGCAGCACAGAGUCGACCGACCUUCCCACGGAGGAUCUUGAGAUGAAGCUGGUGAAGAAGACCCCGUACUACGCUCCCUCCAAGGCUCGCGCCAUGGACGCCUUCCAGUCCUGCGUGAGCUCCACGGCGGACAAGGCGGAGGAGUAUGGCUUUGAGACGCUGAGCAAGAGCCUCAAGGAGGGAGGCAGGAGCCGAAUUCGCAACAACGCGGGAGAAGUUUACAUCUCCUUGCGCCUCAAGUUGGCUGUGAGCAGCGGCGACAGCUUGUUCGCCUUGGCCUUGGACCCUCCGGCGCCGGUGAACCUGGGCACCAAGGAGGAGGUCGUGCUCACCCGCAAAGUGGACAUCCAGCGCUGCUACGAUGACCUCUGGGAGGUGAAGGUCCGCGUGGUGGAUGAUGCCGUCUUGUGCUGUGUCUAUGGCUUCAAGUACCUGGUCUCCUGGCGCUCUUGGCCCUUGUCCUUGAUCUACUUGGUGGGCCUCAUUGCCUGCUGUGUCAGGACCUACUUGGUCUGGGCCAUCGUCCCAUUGCUCCUGGCCAUCUCACUCUUCGUGAACUCAUUCCCGAAGGCGAGGGCCUGGAUGACGCGGGGGGGCCACAACGCGGCGCUCACCGAGGAGGGCUUCAAGCAGACGGCAGCGUGGCGGGACACCGAGGAGAUCUUCCGCUUCAUCAACCGCCUGCUGCGGGAGGACAUGAAGGCGAAGCUGGAGGACCCCCGCGGCAAGCUGCGGGGCUUCGCCGCCCAAGCCAUCCGCGACGGGGAGCCGGCGGUGACCUUGGAGGAGCUGAGGCUGGCGCUGGCGGCCGCGCCCUUCGUGCAGGUCGAGGAUGGGCCGCACUUCAACAAGGGCGACCUCGUCUGGGUGGAAGGUCGUUGGCCCGCCAAGGUGACUGCGGUUGGCCCAGAGGAUGCUGUGACAGUCAUCUAUGAGAAGACGCUGGUGGAGAACAACGGCGCGGAGCCGAUUCAGGUAAGGGCGCGGCAGGUGGUGCUGCGGGCCGAGGCGGUGCCAAAGGUACCUUCUUGGGUUGGUGCCGGGAUUGCACCCAUCAUCGCGGGCAUCUACCCGGUGAUCGAAGAUCUCAGGCAUGUCAGUUUGCCAGCCAUCCACAUGCUCACGCAGAUCUUGACCUGGGCCAACAAGCCGGUGGCCCUGGGCCUGAUGGUGACCUUGCUGGUGGUCUCCGGUCUCUUCAUGUGGGCCGCCAUCCUGCACAUCACCAAGGGCUCCAGCGGAAACUUAUCUCACUCGGAGGAGGUGGUGAUUAUGGUGCUUAGGAGCCUGGACAAUUUCAUCUGCGGCGUGGUGGUGCUGGGCAUCUUCCUGGCGCAAGCCUGGUGGAUGGCGAACUUCGGGUCAGUGAUGAAGAUCAUGGGCCGGAAAGGGCACAGGCGCACGGCUCCGAGCAACUGGGCCUUCUUCCGGCAGGACCCGGAGCAAUCGCAGGCGCUCCAGAACCUGCUGGCAAAGGACACCCAAGAUCAUCCCCACGGCAUGUUCCACCUGCCGCACAUGUCCUCCGAUGCGGCCACCUCCUACGCGGCGAUGCACACGGGCCAGUCGGGGGGUGCCCAGGGGCCUUGAGAGGAACGAAGCCGCCCGGAGACGGUGGAGGCAGAUGGCCGCGCGAGCUUGAUGCCCUACUUGGCACUCUCUUUGGAGUGCCGCGCGCGCCAUUUUCCGUGCCAAAUGGGCAUGCCGUGUGCAGGCGGAAGGUUGAGUUGGGCUUGGGCCUUUCGCGUCGUUUUGCUCGGCGAGAGCUGCCUUCCGGACCGAGCUGCAAAUCAAUCGCGGGUCCCUA